AGCUCGCUAAGCCCCGCCCACUCUCCGGCUCCUCGGGUUUCUGUGGUCGGGACUCCAGUUUCAGUUCAGAAACAAGUGAAUAAGGAACACUUUCCCAGGAUGUUGUCUUUGGCCACGUUGGGCCAAACGGGAGCCUGGAGGGUUGUGACGGGGACUCGGGGGAGAUUUAUGAGGAACAGCAGCUGCUUCUUUACCCGUUUGCCGGAUUGUCACUCUGUCCCCGAGACCAGAAAGACCAGAUCGCCGUUUGCAAACCACUGCAGAUGCUUCACCGCCUCGUCGCCUGCAGCCAGUCAGAAAACUCCGUCCUACAGCUACGUUAUUGUCGGGGCUGGGUCGGCAGGAUGCGUCCUUUCCAACCGCCUCACCGAGGACGCCCAUGAGUCCGUGCUGCUGCUGGAGGCCGGACCUAAAGACAUGUGGCUGGGCAGCUCUCGCCUGUCCUGGAAGAUCCACAUGCCAGCCGCUCUGACCUACAACCUCUGCGAUGACAAGUAUAACUGGUACUACCACAUUCUGCCUCAGGCCCACAUGGAUAACCGGGUCAUGUACUGGCCGAGGGGUCGGGUCUGGGGAGGGUCCUCCUCGCUCAACGCCAUGGUCUACAUCCGAGGCCACGCCGAGGACUACAACCGCUGGCAGAGAGAGGGUGCUGAGGGCUGGGAUUACGAUCACUGCCUGCCUUACUUCAGGAAGGCCCAGACUCACGAGCUGGGAGAGAACAGGUACAGGGGCGGCAGUGGACCUCUUCACGUGUCCAGAGGAAAGACCAACCAUCCUCUUCACAGGGCUUUUAUUGAGGCGGGACAGCAGGCAGGAUAUCCUUUCACUGACGACAUGAAUGGAUACCAACAGGAGGGCCUGGGCUGGAUGGACAUGACCAUUUACAAAGGUAAGAGGUGGAGCACCGCCAGCGCCUACCUGAGACCGGCCCUGGGUCGACCCAACCUGAAGACGGAGGUCCGCUGCCUGACCACCAAGAUCCUGUUUGACGGCAGCCGUGCUGUCGGGGUGGAGUAUACACAGAACGGACAACAGAAGAGGGCGUUUGCAGAAAAGGAGGUGAUCCUGAGUGGAGGCGCCAUCAACUCCCCUCAGCUCCUCCUGCUGUCUGGGGUCGGAAACGCAGACGACCUGAAGGAGCUUGGCAUCCCCGUGACUCAGCAUUUACCAGGUGUUGGUAGUAACCUGCAGGAUCAUUUGGAGCUGUACGUCCAGCAGCAGUGCACUCAGCCCAUCACCCUGUACAAAGCCCAGAAACCCUUCCGCAUGCUCAAGAUUGGCCUGGAGUGGCUCACCAUGUUCACAGGUUAUGGAGCAACAGCCCACCUGGAGAGCGGAGGGUUUGUCCGCAGUCGGCCCCACGUCCCACACCCCGACAUCCAGUUUCACUUCCUGCCCUCACAAGUCAUCGACCACGGACGAGUUGCUUCCAAGAUCGAGGCGUAUCAGGUUCAUGUUGGACCAAUGAGGAGCACCAGUGUCGGCUGGAUGAAGCUUAAGAGCGCCAACCCUCUGGAUCACCCAGUUCUCCAACCAAACUAUCUCUCCACUGACAUCGAUGUGUGGGAGUUCAGGCAGAGCGUCAAACUCUCCAGAGAGAUUUUUGCCCAGAAGGCCUUCGACCCGUUCCGUGGCCCUGAAGUCCAGCCCGGUCCUCAGGUCCAGUCCGACGCCGAAAUCGACGCUUUUGUCCGCCAGAAGGCCGACAGCGCCUACCACCCGUCCUGCACCUGUAAGAUGGGCUCAGCGUCCGAUCCGAUGGCGGUGGUGGACUCGAACACUCGUGUUCUGGGCCUGGAUGGGCUGCGUGUGGUGGACGCCUCCGUCAUGCCCAGCAUCGUCAGCGGAAACCUGAACGCUCCGACCAUCAUGAUCGCAGAGAAGGCCGCUGACAUCAUCAGAGGUCGCCCUGCCCUGGGUGACUCGGGCGUUCCCAUCUACCAGCCUCCAACACUCGACACGCAGAGAUGAACAAAGAGCAGGAAGAAGAGCCGUCAGCGCUGGGAUGAGGAGUGGAGGGUAACGGUUCACAGCCAGCUCUGAGGCAGUCACUUCCUGUGUGCUUCAAAUGGAGCACUUUAGUUCUGGUACAGAUUCUUAUGGGCCGUGAACGUUCGGUUUACAUUCACUACUUCAAACACCAGAACCUCAUGGUGGCUUCUGAUGAGGUUCUGUCAGAGAACAACAGAUGUGGGAACAAACAUGCUUAAUGCAACACUUUUCACUCAGUUGAGCUUCACAGCAGAACUUUGUCUGUCAUUGUCAUAAAUUUAGGCCUUUAUGUUUGUCAGCUGUGAGCGGAUGUUGUUAGAGAUGUAAUGGAAAACGCAGCUAAUACGGCACAUUAUCUAGUUCAGUGUAAGAAAUCUACAACUAUGACAUGUUUCUGUAAACACACUCUGAGGUCACACACCUUAGAAACUCCACUACAGCACAAUACAGUGAAUAUUCAGCCUUUAAAUGGUCUGACACUAAUCAGUCCAUUAAAACUAACAGUUUACAGAACGCUUCAAGCACCACGCUCCAUUUAGCCCUCCUGUCGUCCUGCAGGUCAAAAUUGAUCCGUUUUAAAGUUUGAAAAUGUGGGAAAAAAUAUAUUUUCACAGUGAAACUUCUGGUGUCCACAAUUUCAACAUUUUUAGGAAAUCUUUGAAUAUUUUUUUGGUGGAAAAAAGAAAUGUUCAAAAUGUUUCUUUAAGAACAUUUACUAAAUUCGCUGGAUUUUGGUUGAUUUUUAUGUGAAUGUUCUUAAAGCAAAUAUUAAAAUUUUCACAGAUAUAUAUGUAAUCACUGUAGAUAUUUUUUGGAUUUUUUUGGGGAAGAUUUUUACUAAUUUUUUGAAAAUAUUUACAAGAAUUUUCUUGCCAAAUUUAGGGCAUUUUUAAAAAUGAAACUUUAAAGGAAAUUUUUACCUAAAGGUUUUGCAAAUUUUCAGAAAUUUGGGGAUUUUUUUGCUGAAUUUUUGGAUUUUUUUCAGACAAGGAAACAGUAUUUUUGUGAAGAUAACAGGGAGGGUUAAACCACGGUCAGGCUUUGGUUCUAAACACGUCUUUCAAUGGAAAAUUAUAGAACAGCUCAUAUAAAAAAUGUUUUUCUUUUCUUCCGAGCAGAAAAUUAUUUUUUUUAGCCCAGCUGCAUCUCAGCACGGUUUCUCGUCAGCCUUUACAGAUUAUAUCUCACAUCAUGUAAUGAGCAGAAACCUGCAGACUGCACCCAGACACUCAGCUGUUACCAUGGUAACCUCCUCUUCCUUCCUGAAGUCUUGCACCUUCAGCAGUUUGAUAGAAACCAUUGUUUGCUCAGGUUUGUUACAAACAGUUCAUAUCAGCCAGAUAAGAUCCGUAGGGCUCGACUUGCAUUCACUUUAAAUUUUACCUCACAGAAUUUAACCUCACGAACAACGAGCCCAGACAGCACAUUUAUUCAGUCAACACAUGAGCCCAUGUUAUGAAUAUAGAUUGAAGACAGAGAUAACAACCACUGAGCACAAAGCAGAACUUUAGAGGCGGUUUUCCGAGGAACGCAGCCUCAUUGUCGCUACCAGGACCUGCCCUUCAUUUUCUGUCCUCUUAAGGAGCUGCAGUGUUGUUUCCUAGCAGAGCUGACAAACAGACAUGUGCUGCUGACAUCAAACUUGGCAAGAGCAGCUUUCAUCCAAACAGUGAACUGGAAUUACAGAGAGGGCAACCAGAUGCCUUUUUAGGCUACAGUUCCAUAACACCAUCAUAGUCUGACUUUACCAUUAAACUAUUCAUCUUCUUUGGCCGUUUCACUUUCUGCUUUUCAGAUAGUAAAUCGUGGUUGAUAUAAUUUGGCUUUUUUGAAAAGAACUUACAAAAUAAGACUCUUUCACAUCAAAGUGAAAAAGGAUACAAAAUGUCAGGUAAUGAAUUACAUACGAAGCAAAGUGGGUGAUUGUAGAGUUAGUGUUUGUUUUCACCUCCUUAAAGUCAGUGUUUAGAUGAUGCACCUGAUGUGUUUUACAUCAUGAUGCCGCCACCUCCAUGCUUCACAUCACGAUGCUGCCACCACCGUGCUUCACAUCAUGAUGCUGCCACCACCGUGCUUCACAUCAUGAUGCUGCCACCACCGUGCUUCACAUCAUAAUGCUGCCACCACCGUGCUUCACAUCAUAAUGCUGCCACCACCGUGCUUCACAUCAUGAUGCUGCCACCACCGUGCUUCACAUCAUGAUGCUGCCACCACCGUGUUUCACAUCAUGAUGCCGCCACCUCUAUGCUUCACAUCAUGAUGCUGCCACCACCGUACUUCCGUUCUUGAUGCUGCCACCACCAUGCUUCACAUCACGAUGCUGCCUCCACCAUGCUUCAUCAUGAUGCCGCCUCCACCGUGCUUUAAACAUGAUGGCGCCGUGCUUCACAUCAUGAUGCUGCCACCACCGUGCUUCCAUCAUAAUGCUGCCACCACCGUGCUUCCAUCAUGAUGCCGCCUCCACCGUGCUUCCAUCAUGAUGCCGCCUCCACCGUGCUUUAAACAUGAUGGCGCCGUGCUUUACAUCAUGAUGCCGCCACCACCGUGCUUCCAUCAUGAUGCCACCUCCACCGUGCUUUAAACAUGAUGGCGCCGUGCUUCACACCAUGAUGCUGCCUCCACUGUGCUUUAAACAUGAUGGCGCCGUGCUUUACAUCAUGAUGCUGCCACCACCGGGCUUCACAUCAUGAUGCUGCCUCCACUGUGCUUUAAACAUGAUGGCGCCGUGCUUUACAUCAUGAUGCCGCCACCACCGGGCUUCACAUCAUGAUGCCGCCUCCACCGUGCUUUAAACAUGAUGGCGCCGUGCUUUACAUCAUGAUGCCGCCACCACCGGGCUUCACAUCAUGAUGCCGCCUCCACCGUGCUUUAAACAUGAUGGCGCCGUGCUUUACAUCAUGAUGCCGCCACCACCGGGCUUCACAUCAUGAUGCCGCCUCCACCGUGCUUUAAACAUGAUGGCGCCGUGCUUUACAUCAUGAUGCCGCCACCACCGGGCUUCACAUCAUGAUGCUGCCUCCACCGUGCUUCCAUCAUGAUGUCACCUCCACCAUGCUUUAAACAUGAUGGUGACGUGCUUUACAUCAUGAUGCUGCCACCACCGUGCUUCACAUCAUGAUGCUGCCACCACCGUGCUUCCAUCAUGAUGCCGCCUCCACCGUGCUUCCAUCAUGAUGCUGCCUCCACCAUGCUUCAUCAUGAUGGUGCCUCCACCGUGCUUCACAUCAUGAUGCUGCCACCACCGUGCUUCACAUCAUGAUGCCGCCACCACCGUGCUUCACAUCAUGAUGCCGCCACCACCGUGCUUCCAUCAUGAUGCUGCCACCACCGGGCUUCACAUCAUGAUGCUGCCUCCACCGUGCUUCCAUCAUGAUGCCACCUCCACCAUGCUUUAAACAUGAUGGUGACGUGCUUUACAUCAUGAUGCUGCCACCACCGUGCUUCACAUCAUGAUGCUGCCACCACCGUGCUUCAUUAUGAUGCCGCCUCCACCAUGCUUCAUCAUGAUGCCGCCUCCACCGUGCUUCACAUCAUGAUGCUGCCACCACCGUGCUUCACAUCAUGAUGCUGCCACCACCGUGCUUCACAUCAUGAUGCUGCCACCACCGUGCUUCACAUCAUGAUGCUGCCACCACCGUGCUUCACAUCAUGAUGCCGCCACCACCGGGCUUCACAUCAUGAUGCCGCCACCACCGGGCUUCACAUCAUGAUGCUGCCUCCACCGUGCUUCCAUCAUGAUGCCACCUUCACCAUGCUUUAAACAUGAUGGUGACGUGCUUCACAUCAUGAUGCUGCCUCCACCAAUCUUCACAGUGGGAAUGGUGUGUUUAUGAUGUGUUUGGUGCCUGGUAAACACAGUAUCUAGCUCAGUUUUUGUCUCAUCAGACCAAAGAAUCUUCUUCCAGCUGACUCCCAGAUGCUUACUGGUAAACUGUAGUCAAGAUUUAAGGAGUUUUUCACAGUGGCUUUCUAGUUGCUGUUCUUAUGUACACUUUAGAGGGAUGAAGAAACUGAGGAACACUUGAUGUAUGAACAGUGUCUCCCAUUCCAGCUGCUAAAGCUUCUAACUCCUUCAUACGAGUCAUGUGAGUCUUGGUGGCCUCCCUCACUCGUCUCUUUCCUGCACAGUCACUCGGUUUUUGAGGAUUUCCUGCUCCAGGCAGAUUUAAACGUGUGCCAGAUUCCUUUCAUGUCUUAAUGAUGGAUUAAGUGUCCAUCUCCUGACUCAAGCUUUUCAACAACCUUCUCACAGAGUUGUUUGGAGCUUUCUUUUGUCCUUAUUGUGUAUUUAUAUCCAGGAGAACUGAAUCACCGCUGACUAAACGUUUUAAAUACAGCCGUCUUCUCAUGAGACAAAUCAACUGAUUUCAGAUGAUCCAUUUCAGAAAGUGGCUGCACCUGUGCUGACUCAGGUGAGUCACUUUGAAGAAGGUAAUUAAUUUUGCAAUCACUUAUUUUAAGUUUUGGUGGAAAUUACUUUUUGUGCAGCUGGUUAGCUCAGUGACUAACACCCUGACUUUGGCGUGGUCGUUCCCUGCGGUCCUCAGUGCUGCCCCGCCUCCCUGCUGGUGUUGGUCUCAGAAGUACGCCACUGUGGAUUAAAGCGUCUGAUAAACGGCAUUCAGUGUUGAAAACCAGUAAAAGAGGGUCUUCCAAAGGGGAUUAUUAGGCCCUCCAAGUAUUUUUCUGGAUUUAGUUUUGAAGGUUCUCAAGCAGCCAAAGGAAGAAUCUCAUUCAAAAUGUUCAGAUUUUACAACUCACAGCUUUGAGUUUCCUUUCUAAUGAGCCAUAAAGUCUGUCUGUGAACAGUAGUACUCCCAGAAUAUCAUUCUACUUGUGUUAAAAUACACGUCAUGUUUCUGCACACUAAAAUCUAAACUACACUAAAAACAGAUCUUCAGUGUUACGCUUAUGAACAGGUUUUAAUAUGUUGUGAAUGUUUACAAAGAUGUUUUUUAAUAUAAAUGUGAUCUAGGAAUCAGAUGAAGGUUUAAAGUCUAAUGGUAGCGUUAGUGUUGUUUUUAUGUCAUUACUGUCCAUGCAGUAACUGAUGCUGAGAUUUUUAACUGGAAUCAGAUUUAUGUCACCAGCUAUGAUGGAAAGAUGCUGGAAUGAAUUAUGAUUGUGUGUCAUUAAGCUCUGCACCACAGAGCAUCUUAGAUGAUUGUUUACAUGGUAAUGCAGUGCAGAGGCUGUUUAAUAAAGCAGGAAACACGGAUCAUAAAGGGAACGUUACUGUGAACGUUGUUUUUUUUCUCCUAUUGAUCAUAAACAGCUUCCUGACUUUGUCCUCAUGACUUUAUUCAGUGAUCGUUACAAAAAUCAGCAGGUUCAUCGUCAAACAGGCAGAAAAUUCAAAUGUACAAAACAGGGUUUGUUUGUUUUUUUCUUCAAUUUCAUCGGUACAAAAUCUAUAAGGUACUAGUACUUCUGCUACAAAGUAGAUAGAGCUUUAUAUAUAUAUUCUUUUAAAUUUCAUACAACAAAUGGUUAGAAAGCAGAAAUCUUCAAGUUCAUCACCAACUUUUUACAAACGCUGUACAGAUUUUAUACAUUGUUUCAUAGACGUGUAAAGCCGUGGAACAGUACAAAAAAUAAAGCUGUGUGAACAACAAA